AUGAACGGGCCUACUUUUUAUAAGUGGGUAGAUGAAAAGUUAAAAGAUAAGUUGCUGCCAAAUUCUGUUGUUGUAAUGGACAACGCGUCUUACCAUAGCGUUCAGGUUGAGAAGAAGCCAACUAUAUCAAGCCUCAAAAAAGAAAUGCAAGACUGGUUGCUACGCCAUAAUGUAGAAUUUUCAGGAACCAUGACAAAGGCUCAACUGCUACUUCUUAUCACAAGUACACAAAAAGAACCCGUGUAUAGAAUCGACGAACUCCUGAAAGCCCGUGGACACACUGUUCUGCGUUUACCACCAUACCAUCCAGAUUUAAAUCCAAUUGAGUUGGUCUGGGCUGAUGUCAAAAAUAACAUAGCCCAAAACUAUAUUAAUUCUUCUCUAGACGAAAAGAUGAUUGUAUUGGAUAAAUUGUUUUCGGAAUUCACGGCAGAAAAAUGGCAGAAAUGCGAUGAUCAUGUCCAGAAAAAUGAAAAUGAUUACUGGAAUCGUGAUUUUAGGUUCGAUAAUAUUAUCGAUUCAUUCAUAAUAAAUUUGCAAGAUUCUGAUUCAAGUUCCAAUGGCGAUACGGACGAUGAAGAUGAUGACGAAAUCGAAGAUGAAGUUGAAACAGAAUCUAUGUCGGAAUAA